UUCUUUUUAGCUGUUGUUUUUAGAAUUCAAUUUUUGAUCGUCGUCAUCUUUGGAAUUUUAUAAGUUCAAGUUCCUUUAAAUUGACCGCUUUUCAUCCAACAAUCCCUUAAUUAAUUAAACUAUUGAAUUCAGAAGCAAAUUUGACUAUUUAUCAUUUUCUCCCUCUCUUCUAAGGUUUCCUUAUUGUCUCUCUAGAAUCUUCUUUAUAUAGUUCAGAUUUUUAGCUCAUUUUUUCAUCUGGGUCUGAUUUCUUUUGUUCAUAUUUCUCCUUUAUUUUUGGGUGUAGUUUAGCAGGUGGAAUUUGGAAAUAUCAACAAAAAAAAUGAGUUCAGAUCCCAAAGUUCAUUCCUUUCAGGAUGUUGCUAAGCACAAUCACAAAGAUGAUUGUUGGUUGAUCAUUUCUGGGAAGGUCUAUAACGUAACUUCCUUUCUAGAUGAUCAUCCCGGUGGUGAUGAUGUUUUGAUCCAAGCAACUGCGAAGGAUGCAACGGACGAGUUUGAAGAUAUAGGCCACAGCGAGAACGCAAGAGACAUGUUGAAGGAUUACUAUGUCGGUGAAAUUGACGUCUCCACCAUCCCAGCAAAAAAGGUUCCUACAAAGCCUCAGUCUCAACCGUCUAAGGCGACUACUCAGCCCUCUCAGAGCUCCGAAUCUUCCGGCUUCUUGAUCAAGCUAUUGCAAUUCUUGCUUCCCUUGAUCGUAAUUGGUUUGGCAUUUGCCUUGAAGAAUUAUAAGAAAGAGUCGACCGACUAGGUUCUUAAAACUCAUCAUCAACAACCCAGUAUUCCACAAAGACUAGUUCGUAAAACUAAUAAACAAAAUUGGUGGAAUGAAGAUGAAUACUCAAGUAAAAGUGAUGCGUCUUUGAGCUUGUUGGAUUUUUUCUGUGAUUUUUAUAGGUUUUGUCAAAUUUUAUUCACUGUUUUAAUACUUUUGAAGGUUAAUUUUAUUUGUGGUGAUGGAUAUUAAUUCAAUAACAAAUGAGCAGUGUUUGCUGCAUAACUUUUAUAUUA